AUGUUGAUUCAAGCUGCUGGAGCGCUCCUCAUCUUGGAGCUACUGGCGAUUCGAUUCGUUCAAGCAGCUCUCAUUGGGUCAAACAACGACGAUGACACGCACAAAACAGACAGCUGGUCUCCGUCCCUCGGGCAUCAGCAACCCUGGCCACCCCAGAAACCAUCUUCCUCAUCCUCGAGCGAGGUUCUAGACGGAUGGCGUCCCAUAGACUUGCAUGUGUCGAACGAUCCACACCUUCAUCAGCCGCUGAACUGGGCGCUCGACUCUACCACGCAGCCCACCGGGCUUCAAGACGUGGACUUUGACAUCCUGCAUGCACUUUCUGCGGAUCUUUCGCGUCCGUCUUCAAGCCAUCUGCCCGUCGAGCCCGGUCAGACAGCACCUUCUGAUCCGACAUCCGCCUCCCCCCACUCGUUUACCAGCAUCGCCCAACCCGAAGCGAAACGCCCUCGGGUGCCUCCACCUCCCGACCUCGCAGCCGCCAUAGCGUCGCAAAGGGUCAAGUCCGCCGCCAUCCGGAAGCGCAUGCGCUGGCCCGAACCGCGCUCCUUCUCGCACCUCGUCUCCUACCCACCGUUCCGCAGCGUUGCGCGGCAGCUCUCCUCCGACACCUCACCGGAGAUCGCUUCCCGCAUCGUCGCCGCGUUUGCUGGCAAGCUCCAAUGGGUGCCCCUGUCGCGCGACACGUCGUUACAGACAAUCUUUCGCGAUCGAACUCCGUACAAGCUGUACAGCCGCCGUCUACCCAUCCGAAUGGAAAGACAAGGUACGAGCUGGAGCGUGCACAUGACCCAGCACAACGUACCUCUCCGACGAGAGGGUCUGACGCAGGGCACGCCGCUCCACGGCAAGCCGUACUAUGGAUUUUGGGGAUUGCCCGAGGAUGUGAGCAGCGGCUCUGUGCCCGCGGUGUUUUACGGAUCGGGGAUUCUGGAGAAGGAUUCUGGAGAAGAAGGAUAA